CUGUCAUUCGAGGGCGGAGCUGUGCACAUGAUGGUUGCCAGCUGAGUGGGAAUUAUCUAUUCGAAGAGAACCCAAUAGAGACAGGUCAAUAGCCUCAAGAAGGCAUCUUCUCACCCUCUCCACAUUUCCCUGCGAGAGCCUCGCUCUUGUCCAUCAACCGGGCCAAUUCCGUGCUCUGCCCCCUCCACCCCGUGUCUGGCACCCGGUGCUGUAUGAAAUAUUCAAUUCUCGUACGGGCUAUUGGAUAGAUCAUUAAAGUGACCGCUGAGGGCAUGAGCACGCCAUCAUGAAUACUUUCGAUUUUUCGGCGACGACUCCGACAGGUCCCCGCGACUCUGGGGAAGCCAGAGAUAUCCCCGAUAACUCAUCACGCUCACCCACCCAUGUAGAUUCGGCCCUGUCAUCUUCCUUUGGCAGCAGCCGGUCCCACUCGAGCUAUUCGUCCCGAAAGUAUGCUGGGGCCCCGCGGUCUCACAGACAGCAGUCCGAUGAGUCCACCCCAGUCUUCAAUGAAGCGGGCGCCUCGACGCCGAACUACGGGGCGACGCAGGCGCCCAAUUUGUCUAGCGCGGCGUCCAGGCGAACAAGCAACGACAAGCAGAGCGCACCAGAAUCCAGUGAUGGCGGCAAUGGCGGUAACGGAUCACAUCAACACAAUGAACAUGAUGAGCCACAUCAGUCGCGGUAUAGCCGAUUUGUCGAUCGGUUCGGGGCCCUCGAGCUGGAAAACAAGGGCAGCGUUGCGCGUGACCACUUAGCCUUAGAGCGAACCUUUUUAGCUUGGAUGCGCACAUCCCUCGCCUUUGCCUCGAUCGGUAUCGCAGUCACCCAGCUCUUCCGUCUCAAUACCACAACAGUCUCUACACAUGCAUACGGUCUUGAUGUGACAUCUGCGGGACAUCCCGAUAUACUCUCUCCUGAAUUCUCCUCAUCUUCCAUUAAUACCGCUUCUGCAUCCUCUCGUCUUCGGAGCGUUGGCAAACCCCUCGGCUCAACGUUUAUCGGCGUUGCCAUCCUUAUCCUUAUAAUUGGCUUCCACCGUUACUUUGAGAGUCAGUACUGGAUUGUCCGUGGCAAGUUCCCUGCUAGUCGAGGAAGCGUUGCAUUGACUGCGUUCGUCGCGGCAGCGUUGAUCAUUGCAGCGUUGGCUGUUAUUCUGGCCGUUUCUCCCGGGGCUAUUGAGCAGUGAUUUCGUUCCAUUUGCAUCUUCUCUCUGGUUAGUCUCGGCUGCCAUUCUUGCAUAAUAUUCGGUUUUUUUUUUCUCCCUCGAAUUGUCUAUAUAUCUGCUAUGCCGUGCGUCGAUUGAACACCUUUUGGCCCGCGUGAUGAAAAUAAAAUGGGGGAUUUCCACCUCAGGAGGUUUGGUAUUCGAAUCAUGGUUUUAUGUUGAUAAUCUUCUAGCUACGAGUUAUCUUUUUGUCUAUACCACAAUAUCUACUUACGACCCUCUCUGACG